AAACCUUAUCUUUUGCUUACUCGUUUAGAUAAGCCUGCUGGAACAUGGUUACUGUACCUUCCAUGCACAUUUGCAAUUGGCAUGGCUUCGUUUUAUUCAGCUGAAACCAUUCCUAUCAUCACAACACUGUCCACUCUUGCUUUGUUUGGUGUUGGAUCGGUUGUUAUGCGUAGUGCUGGAUGUAUCAUCAACGAUCUAUGGGAUAUUGAUAUCGAUAAAAAGGUUGAACGAACAAAAACUCGACCUUUGGCAUCAGGAGAAAUCAAGCCCUUUCAAGCCAUAGCAUAUCUUGGUGCUCAUCUAACUGUUGGAUUGGGAAUACUGACUCGAUUAAAUAUGUUCAGUAUACUGGUUGGUGCUUCGUCUCUUGCGUUGGUGGCAAUGUAUCCUUUGAUGAAACGGAUUACAUACUGGCCUCAAGCCUUUUUGGGUCUUACAUUCAAUUGGGGUGCUUUGCUUGGGUUUACUGCUUUGAUCACCGAUCAUGUUCCAUGGGACGUUGCAGUUCCUUUAUAUUUGUCUGGUGUCUGUUGGACGCUUGUUUACGAUACAAUCUAUGCUCUUCAAGACCGUUCUGACGAUAUCAAGGCGGGCGUGAAAUCUACAGCAGUGAUGUUUGGGAGUUACGUGAAACCUAUCCUGGCAAUGUUUGCCGUGGGCACAGUUGGACUCCUUGCACUUUCCGGGUGGAUGAAUGGUCACUCUGCGUGGUUUUACACUGUAUCUGUAGGAGGUGGAAUUCUGCAUCUGGGAUGGCAGAUACUGACUUUAAAUGUAGCGUGUCGAACGGAUGCUGCAGCCAAAUUUAAAUCCAAUCGGAACUUUGGGUUGAUUGUUCUAACUGGCAUUCUAUUGGAU